AUGGCUCCUCACGCUCUCUCUUGGAUUAGUGUGUCUCUGCUCAUCUUCUUGGCGUCGUCGUCAUGCGUUGCGGCGAGGGGCGCUCGGGCACCCAAAACCAACGACCCGACGGCCGGGUUCACCGCGGUGAGGCUCGGCGAGAGCAACUUUGCGCUGCAGCGGCCGUUCGAUGAGACCAGCGGCGCCCGGUACAGUUUCGACGGCACCGUCCGGAAGCUGUGGGUGCUCUCCUCCGACAAGCCCCACGCUCGCCAGAGCCAUACCAGCCCAAGAACUGAGAUCAGAAUGGCAGGAUACGACUACAGCUCCGGCGUGUGGCAGUUUGAGGGCCACGGCUACGUCCCCUCAGGCACGACCGGAGUGUCCAUCAUGCAGGUGUUCGGCGCCGGCGAGACAGCCACCACCCUCAUGCUGCACGUUUACAACGGUGCGCUGCGGUACUACGACCGCCAGGUCGUGGAAGACGACAUCUAUGACAGAUGGUUCCGGCUUAACGUGGUCCACGAUGUCAAGGCGUCGACGGUGACCGUGUACAUCGACGGCAAGCAGAAGCUGCACGUCAAUGGCCGUGGCGGCGACUCACAUUACUUCAAGUUUGGUGUGUACGCGCAGAACCAUGACUCCAGCUGCAUGGAGUCUCGUUGGAAGGGGAUCAGGAUCCUCAAGAAAGACUGA